ACUGAGACUGAGAGAACGAGAGAGAGAGAGAGAGAGUGUAGGCGUUUUUGGAACGAGAGAGAGAGAGAGAGAGGAAAUGGAAAUGGAAACUUAAGUAAAUAGACUGAGACUGAGAGAACGAGAGAGAGAGAGAGAGUGUAGGCGUUUUAGGAAUAAAGAAGGAGAAAGAUUUUCUUCUUAAUUUCCAUUUUCCAACAAUUCAAUUCUGAAAUUCCAAAGAACAAACACACAUAUAAUUAUAAGGAAAAAAAAUGUAUGGAGAUUGCCAAGUACUGUCCAAAUUGGGAGGGAAUGUGGUCUCAUCAGAAACCCUUUUUUCCUCAGCCAUGGGAAACCCUAACUUUAACUUCAUGUCAGACAUGUCCUUCCAACAUGCUUUCCCUCCCAUCAUCCCUAAAGAAGAAAGCGGGUUAAUCAUGGCCGGGAAGGAGGAGAUGGAAAGUGGGUCUGGAAGUGAACAAGUUGAAGACAAAUCAGGGAAUGAGCAAGAAAGCAGUGAACUUCAACCUCCCAAGAAGAAGCGUUACCACAGGCACACUGCUCGCCAGAUCCAAGAAAUGGAAGCCUUGUUUAAGGAAUGCCCACACCCAGAUGACAAACAAAGAAUGAAACUUAGCCAAGAACUUGGUUUAAAGCCACGCCAAGUUAAAUUUUGGUUCCAAAAUCGCCGUACCCAAAUGAAGGCACAGCAAGAUCGAGCAGAUAAUAUUGUACUGAGAGCAGAGAACGAGACCUUGAAGAAUGAUAAUUACAGGCUACAUGCAGAAUUACGCAAUAUAAUCUGCCCUAAUUGCGGAGGGCCUGCUAUGCUUGGUGGGAUUUCCUUUGAGGAACUUAGACUUGAAAAUGCAAGGCUUAGAGAUGAGCUAGAACGCGUUUGUUGCAUUGCCUCACGAUAUAGUGGCCGGUCAAUUCAAGCAAUGGCGCCUGCUCCUCCGCUCAUUCCUACCUCACUGGAUUUGGAUAUGAACAUAUACUCAAGGCAGUUUCCAGACUCUUUGGGUACUUGCAGUGAAAUGAUGCAAAUGUCUAUGUUGCCAGAAACAUCCCCCUUUGCUGAGGCUGGUCUUGUAUUGAUGGAAGAGGAAAAAAAUCUUGCAAUGGAGAUUGCAUUGUCAUCAAUUGAUGAACUUGUCAAGAUGUGCCAGGCGACUGAGCCUCUCUGGAUCAGAAACAAUGAGACUGGCAAAGAAGUGCUGAAUCUUGAAGAACAUGCAAGAAUGUCUCCAUGGCCUUUGAAUCUCAAGCAACAAUCCAGUGAGUUCAGGACUGAAGCUACCCGUGACAGUGCUGUGGUUAUAAUGAAUAGCAUCAACUUGGUUGAUGCUUUCCUCGAUGCAAAUAAAUGGAUGGAGUUGUUUCCUUCAAUUGUGGCUAGAGCAAAAACUGUUCAAAUCAUAACACCAGGUGCUUCUGGUGCCAGCGGUUCUCUUCACCUGAUGUUUGCAGAACUGCAAGUUCUUUCUCCAUUAGUGCCAACUAGGGAAGCAUAUUUUCUUCGCUAUUGUCAACAAAAUGUGGAAGAAGGAACUUGGGCAGUCGUUGAUUUUCCCAUUGAUAGCUUCCAUGAAAACAUUCAGACUGCCUUUCCUCUUUACAGGAGAAAGCCUUCAGGUUGUGUUAUUCAAGAUAUGCCCAAUGGCUACUCAAGGGUUACUUGGGUGGAACAUGCAGAAAUUGAGGAAAAGCCAGUGCAUGAGGUGUUUAGUGAAUUAGUGUAUAGUGGGAUGGCGUUUGGAGCUCAUCGCUGGUUAGGAGUAUUGGAAAGACAAUGCGAGAGAGUUGCUAGCCUCAUGGCCAGAAAUAUCUCUGAUCUUGGAGUAAUACCUUCGCCAGAAGCAAGAAAGAAUUUGAUGAGACUAGCACAGAGAAUGAUUAGAACAUUCUGCGUUAAUGUCAGCACUUGUACUGGCCAGUCCUGGACAGCCUUAUCUGAUUCUUCUGAUGACACUGUUCGAAUUACCACAAGGAAAAUUACUGAGCCUGGCCAGCCUAAUGGGGUCAUUCUAAGUGCAGUAUCCACUACUUGGCUUCCCUAUCCUCAUUUCCAAGUCUUUGAUCUCUUGAGAGACGAACAACGCAGAUCCCAGCUGGAUGUCCUUUCUAAUGGGAAUGCCUUACAUGAAGUUGCUCACAUUGCCAAUGGCUCUCAUCCAGGAAAUUGCAUUUCUCUUCUUCGCAUCAAUGUUGCAAGCAACUCUUCCCAGCACGUAGAGCUGAUGCUACAAGAGAGUUGUACAGACCAAUCUGGAUCUCUUAUUGUAUACACAACAGUCAACGUCGAUUCAAUCCAGCUAGCGAUGAAUGGUGAAGAUCCAUCUUUCAUUCCUCUUCUUCCUCUAGGCUUUGUUAUACUUCCUGUGGAAUCCACCAACGCAACUAAUUCUUCUCAAGAAGGAAAUAAUAACUCCUCAGGGUGUCUUCUCACCGUCGGCCUUCAAGUCCUCGCCAGCACCAUCCCUUCCGCCAAGCUCAAUCUCUCCACUGUUAAUGCCAUUAACAACCAUUUGCGUACUACUCUCCACCAAAUUUCUGCAGCUCUUACCACUUCUGAGAAUUCCAAUGCCAAUGCUUCCUCUCAACAAUAGGUUUCAAAUUACCCAAAGUCUCCCCAACUCUUUCUCUCUCUGUUUAAUUGCUACAAGGGUCUUUUGGUUAUUGUGAUAUUUCUAUCUUAUCUAGACGAGUGGGGAGAUUUUGGGUAAUUCAUCAGAAGUAAAGGGUAGGAGUGGAAAAUAAAGUAGUGUUUUAAAUUUGUGUCUUAACUUUGAUCACAAUAUAGAAAUUAUCAAAUAUUGAACUUUUAGAUUUACGAAGUUUCAAUCAGAAUAUCAAUUGUAAAUUUAUUAAAUUGAUUUUCUGAUUGAAAAUUCUUAUUAAAAAUAUAUUCAAAAGUUCAAUUUUUGAUAAAUUGUAUGUUAAGAUCAAAGUAAAAGAGACAAAUUAAACAUUAUUUACUGUGUAUUAGUAUUUAGUAGUAGUGGGUAGGUAAUGUGGUGGUAGGUGUAGGAUUUAUUGAAGGCAGAAAUUGAAAGGGAAGGGUAAUUAAGGGAAAAAAAAGACAAAAAGAAUAUUAUAUAAAUAAUAUAUUGAUAAAAUAGAGGGAGUCAAGAGCGCACCAACAUAUGAUCCUUGCUCUGUUAGCAAGCAAGGAUGGUGGUUCGGGUAUUGACUUCUACUUGUCAGAGUCUUUAUUGUUCUUUUAUUCAACUUAAUUAAAUUUCUUUUUUGUUCUUGUUA